AGGAUAAUUGCGUUGGAUGGCUCUCUCCCCCACCUAUCAGAUUUCUGGAGAAAUCUAGAAGGAAGGGAGGUUCCAGUUCUUUCCGUCUCCAGAGACUCCUUCUCCCUCCUUUUAUACCUCCGACGAUGGCGAAUUUCUCCACCAAAACAUUUCUUACAGAAUCUUCAUUCCCACAACUCUCUCCAACUCAAUUCGAACCUGACACUUCUCUUUACAGGCACAGAUUUCUAGACAAUCCACUAGGUUUAGUUUAAUAAAUGGCUCAAGCCGUAUCAAAUCUGCCUCGAUUCGUCUCCUUCACGCCUAGCAAAGCCUCUUCUAAUGAUCCGAAGAAGCUUACAAUGCUUGCUCGUAGAAGUAGCAUUAAAGCCAUGGCAGGGAAUGGCAAAGAUAAUCUCGAUCACUUACAGAGAGCAGUGGGAAAGGAACACCAAACAUCUCAGCCACCAAAGAAACGAGUAGCUCCUGUUGGGCUUUGGGAUCGAUUUCCGACGGCGAGAACGGUACAGCAAAUGAUGGAGACAAUGGAGAGGAUAAUGGAUGAUCCUUUUGCUUACUCGGGGGCAUGGCCGUCACCUCCAUUUACCAGCGAUGGAGCUGGUUAUAGCAGGGGAAGAACUCCAUGGGAGAUUAAAGAAGGGGAAAAUGAGUACAAGAUGAGGUUUGACAUGCCAGGUAUGACGAAGGACGAUGUGAAGGUGUGGGUGGAGGAGAAAAUGCUGGUUGUGAAAGCUGAGAAGGCUGAGAAGGUGAAGAAGGCUAGUUCAGAAAAUGGGAAGGUAGAAGAAGAAGAGGGAGAUUGGUCUGCUAAAAGCUAUGGAAGAUAUAGCAGCAGAAUUGCUUUGCCUGAGAAUAUUCAAUUUGAGCAGAUUAAGGCAGAGGUAAAAGAUGGGGUCUUAUACAUAACUAUACCAAAAGCUAGUGUUACAAGUAAAAUUGUGGACAUCAAUGUCCAGUGAAAAAUUGGGAGUAGUCUUCAAGAGUAGUUUUUUUUUUUUUUUUUGCUGCUUUCAGUUUCAAAGUACCUGAUGUAAACAGUAAUGAAGAUGAAGUUCUUGCAAUUUCAUCCUGGCUUUUGUAAUCUAUCCAACAAAGCUUUGAUGUAAACAUUUGUUAUUAUUGAUGGAAUGAUACCUUUAGUUACCUGCAAAA